AUGACGGACCCUACAGCUCCCGCCCCACCGGCCGCCGAGGAGGAGAAGGGCCCUUCGAAGCGUGCGCUUGAGAAGGCCGCGAAGAAAGCAGCAGCAAAGGCCAAGAAGGCCGAGCAUGCCCUCCGACCCAAAGAGCAGGCCAAACCCAGCACCAAGAGCGAGCCGACGAGCAUCUUCUCUGAGGGCUGGCUGAAGCGCAUCUACGAAGAGAAGCCCGUGUCAGAAGUCAGAACCCGAUUCCCUCCCGAACCAAACGGCUUCCUCCACAUCGGUCACGCCAAGGCCAUCGCCGUCGACUUUGGCUUCGCAAAGCAUCACAAUGGCAAGUGCUACCUGCGAUACGACGACACCAACCCGGAGAAGGAGGACGAGAUCUACUUCACGGCCAUCCUGGAUAUCGUCAAGUGGCUAGGCUUCGAGCCGUGGAAGAUCACAUACAGCAGCGACAACUUUGACAAGCUGUACGAGCUUGCAGAGCAGCUUAUCAAGAAGGACGGCGCCUAUGUGUGCCAUUGCUCACGCGAGGAGAUCAACAACCAGCGCGGAGGACCCGACAACAGAGGCAAACGCUAUGGCUGCGCACACCGCACACGGCCGAUCGAAGAGUCCCUCACCGAAUUCCGGGCGAUGCGCGAUGGCAAAUACCAGGCUGGAGAGGCUUUCUUGCGCAUGAAGCAGAAGUUGACGGACCCGGAUGAGGGCAACCCGCAGAUGUGGGACCUGCCCGCCUACCGCGUUGUCAAGGAGAACCACCACCACCGAACUGGCGACAAGUGGAGAAUCUACCCUACCUACGACUUCACCCACUGCAUUUGCGAUGCUCUCGAAGGAAUUAGCCAUUCGUUGUGUACAGUCGAGUUCCGCCAGUCGCGUAUCUCUUACGACUGGUUGCUGGAGCAGCUGGACAUGAAAGUGCCCAAGUCGGAGGAGAAGGGACCAAUGCAGCGAGAAUUCGGACGCCUAAGCGUUGGCGGCACGAUCCUCUCGAAGCGACGCAUUCUCCAGCUCGUCGAAGGCACAACUGUCGAAAAGAAGAACGCGGAUGGCACAGUCGAGACCAAAAAGAUACCCGGCGUAGUACGAGGAUGGGACGACCCCCGACUCUUCACCAUGGUUGCGCUGCGCCGUCGCGGCAUCCCAGCCAAGGCCAUGCUCAACUUCGUGGACGAGCUCGGCGUCACGGAUGCGCUUUCGGAGAUCGAGCCUCCACGUUUCGAAGCUUCAAUCCGCAAACACCUCGAGCGAACCGUGCCACGCCAGAUGAUGGUGCUCGACCCUAUCAAAGUAGUCAUCGAAGACUUCGCGACCGAAGACGAACAAGAAAUAACAGUCCCUUACGACCCCAAGGGCACCAUACCUGGUGAGCGCAAGGUGAAGAUUGGUAGCGCCGUCUACAUAGACCGCAGCGACUUCAGAGAGGAAGACAGCGCCGACUACUUCCGUCUGGCGCCAAACAAGGCCGUUGGUCUAUACAACCUCCCCUUCGCGAUCCGUGCGACAUCCUUCUCUAAGGAUGAAAAUGGCAACGUGUCUGAGAUCAAAGCUGUCAAGGUGCCAGGUACCGAGAAGCCCAAAGCCUACAUUCAAUGGGUGGACGUCGCAACAGCCGUUCCCGUCACAGCACGUCUGUACAACUCGCUCUUCAAGACUGAGUCGCCCAACACACUGGACUGGAAGACGGGCAGCUGGGCUGAUGAUCUCAACCCCAACUCCGAAAUCAUACAUGAUAAGGCAGUCAUCGAGCGGGGUAUCAAGGACCUCAUCAGCGAGACUUCACUGGAUCUGAGCGGAUCUUCGGACGCUCUUGUGCGCUUCCAGGCGCUGCGCACUGCUUACUUCUGUGUCGAUAUUGAUUCCACAGAGGACAAGAUUGUACUUAACCAGAUCGUCAGUCUGAGAGAGGACAAGGGCAAAUAG